AUGACAAGUUCAAAGUCGACGGACAUAAGAGCGACCAUUGUUCUAGACAAAUAUGGGCACGUCAAUUCAUUGACAUCCCGAUGCGCUGAUAUCAUCGGACCUGGAGUCGACGACUUUUUAAAAAAUCAAAAAUUCACCGACUUUCUCGUCGAUUUUUCUGAAGAAGAGCUUGUUCAGGGCGAAUAUCUUGCAGAAUUCAAGCGCCCAGAUGGCCGAAUAGUUGGAAUUCAAUUGACGAUCAUGCUGAAUCUCGUGGAUGAAUCUGGUGGACUCGUCAUUUUCCUCCGUCCUGUUGAUCGUUUCAUCUUUGAGCUCGUCAUCAACGAAGAUGGAAUCAUCCUUGACAUGGAAAACGAGCUCGGGGAAAUCAUACCAGAACUGCAAGACGGAGUGAUCGAAGAAAUCAUAGAAGAAGAUCAAAUACCGUUUGGAGACAGAAAUAAACGACACCCAGUUACAGUCAAAACUCGCUUCGGAUACUCAAUUGAGGACCCGCUGAAAAUCCACGGAUUUGCCUCUGACAUUUUUCACGAGCAGGAUGUCAUGGAGGCAAUAUCCUUUCCAGAAGACAGUCUCUACGACACUCCAGCUCCAAAGACCCGUCCAUUCAGUCCUCUCGCCCAGCGACUCCGACAUAGACCGAAACCUUUUGUGAAAAAUUAUCAAAAAUCAAAUGCCUCCGGAGAACGUCUUUUCAGCCUCGCACAGCAAAGUGGCUGGUUUGAAAUCGUGACUAGGAAGAGGUGUUGA